AAACCACCGCGUGAGUUCAGGUGGGCCUCGUACAUACAUAAGUUGCUCCAGCAAGUCCACCCUGAACUCCAGGUUUCAACAGACGGUCUGACUGUCCUGUCAGACGCGCUGGACGAACUGAUGGAGAGGCUGGCCUCAGAGUGCCAGCACUUGGUCCAAACCAACGACCGGGCGACGCUGACUGCACGGGAUGUGGAG